GCCAUCGUUCGACGUCCAUUUCAUAUUCUCCUAAGUUGCUGUAGGCGGUGGACGUGUAAAAAGAUGUCUGCGUUGAUAAAGGAAGUAUUUGAUUUAGCUGUUAAAAGAUGUAUAUUUAAUUUUCAGAGAAAUGUAUGUGCAUCUAAUAUUCUGGAAAGAGAAUUUAGAAAGAACAAGAGGCAGAAUAUCGUAAUCAAAGAAGACAGAGUACCUCAAGAAAAAUCGUUCGACAUUGAGCCAGCCUGGAUCAAAAAAUGUGAUUUUCCUGAUGAAAAUACCUCAGACACACUAUUUAAUGGAGUCAGAUUUGCAGACUUGCCUAUUGUUCAUAUUAGAGUUUCAAAAAAUAACACAAUCUAUAUGUUAACUGAUUCCAAAGGAAAUCCUAAAGAAAUCAGAUCUUGUGGUGUCGAAGGUUUCUUAAAUACUAAGAAAGGCACCAAUAUAGCUGCCCAAGCAACCGCUAUAUCUUUUAGCACAAAAAUAUUGAGAAAAGGGUUCAACCAAGUUAGAGUUUCUAUUAGAGGCUUAGGUCCAGGUCGCAUGGCAUCUAUAAAAGGACUUGAAAUGGGUGGUCUGGAUAUCAUCUCUAUAACUGACAGAACUCCAGUUGUGUUUGGUGGGAAUAGACCUAGAAAACAAAGAAGACUCUAGGUUUUAUUUCUGUGUAAAAGAUCUUGUGCUUAGUGUUAUUAAAUUAUGUAUUUUUUUUUUUUUCUAAAUAAAUAUUCAGUGAAAAAAAU